AUGUCCUCAUCCAAAAGCUUUGAUAAAUUUCCCUUGAGAGGGUAUGAAAGUGGAGAGUCUCAAGUGGGAUUUGCCAUACUUCAACGCAACACAUCUCCAACACAACCUGGUGAGAGAAGAGGCAGGAGAAAGCAGGCGGAGCCAGGGCGGUUUCUCGGCGUGAGAAGGCGGCCGUGGGGACGAUACGCCGCCGAGAUUAGAGACCCAACAACCAAAGAAAGGCAUUGGCUUGGCACUUUUGACACUGCCCAAGAGGCUGCUCUUGCUUAUGACAGGGCUGCCCUGUCCAUGAAAGGCACGCAAGCAAGGACCAACUUUGUUUACACUCAUAAUACUAAUAAUAAUAAUAAUAAUUAUACUCACAACACCACUUUUCACUCUCUUAUUAGCCCUUUUGAUGUCCAAGCUCUUUUGCCACCUUCACAGUUCAUCUGCAGCACCACUCAUAGUAGUACCAAACAAACCACCAAUCAAAACAGUCCACCUCAGCCAGCUGUCAAAUGUCAGAAUCAUGAGACCCCAAAUCAAUCCCAUUAUAAUGAUCAUCAAACCUCAUAUGGGUCAUCACCAAAUGAUCACGACAUUGACAAUAACUUCUUUUUCUCCAAUGAUUCCAAUAACUCAGGCUAUUUGGGCUGCAUUGUUCCUGACAACUGCUUGAGACCACCUUCCUCUUCCACUUCUUCUUCUCCUGAUAUUCCCACUGAAAGCAACUCCAAAACAAGUGAUUUCAGCCCUUCAAAUGACCAAAACUUGAUCACAAACACUUUUGAGAAUACUAAAUCACAUUGGGAUAUCCCAUCAAAUAUGGCUUCAAAUAAUGGUGAGCUUAUUCCUUGGUUGGAUGAGUUCAAUCUGCAGGGAUUUUGGGAUAAUAGCCAGCAGUCAUGGGAUUUAAGUUCUGCUGAUCUCUCAGCCACGAUCAGCUCCAAUACAUUGAUGCAAGAAGGUGGGUGCAUGGGAAGUUUUUAUCCCAUCAUGGAAAAUCCUAUCUAUGGCUUAAUGGCUUCUUCCACUUCUUCAGUCUCUUGCUCUCCAUCAGUUCCUCCUUUUGGUGAUGUAGUUGACUUGGGACACUCUCUCUUUUGA